CAUUUCUUACUAGGGCUAGGGUUUAAGGCACGGCGCGGCUAUGGAGUUUUGGGGCGUCAAGGUCUUACCAUCCAAGUCUAUCAAGUGCCCAGUGGAGGAUUCGAGCUAUUUGCACAUCUCGAAUGCUGCUUUGGGCGAGGUGGGAUCAUCCGCCAAGAAUGAACGCGUGAUCUUGCGACUUAAGACGCAAGGCGAGGAGAUUGUUUUGGGCACGCUCAUACCCGGCCAACGCGAUCAUAUCGCGCUAGACUUGAUCAUUAGCAAGUCUUUCCAGCUCUCGCACAACAGCAGUACGCUGGCUGUGCACUUCUCGGGCUACAGAACGGAAGGGUCGGGCGAGCUUCAGGAGCUGGAUAGGGAACAUGACCAUGGUGUCCGGAAGGAAAACGGAAAUGUCAAAGUUCCGUUAGGCUCGAGCGAUAGCGAUAGCGAGAGCGACAGCGAUGACGAUGAUGACGACGACGACGAUGAUGACGGCGACGACGACGACGACGACGACGAUGAUGAGGACGACGAUGAGGUCAACGCGAAGGAUCUUGCCUUGCGGCAAGCGAUGUUCUUGCAGAUGGAAAGUGAUGACGAUGACGACGACGACAUUGAUGAGGGCGACGAUGAUGACAACGACGACGACGAUGACGAUGAUGACGACGAUGAGGAAAUUGAUGAGGAGGAUCUUAGAGCUCGCCUGAUGGGAAAGAAGAGAGCUCCGGCAGCUCUUACGCCACCGGCUCAAAAGAAGAUCAAAACGCCAUCAGGGAAAACGCCAACAGCACCAAAGUCAGGUAAGAAAGAUUUAUCAGCCGCUGAGGCUGUGGCAAAGACUCCAAAGUCCUCGGGCAAAAAGGAGAAGGACAAGAAAAAGGAAAAGGCGACUCCUGCUACUCCUAAUUCGGAGACGAAGAAGGCUGGCGGGCAACAUCACUGUGGCAUAUGUUCGCGGAAUUUUGCCAAUGAGGCUGCUCUUACGCAACACAACACAGCGAAGCAUAAGUAGUGUGAGGCAGAAGAGUUGUACGACACGCGAGUUAGUGUCUGCUCUUGGAGCAAGCAGAUCACCGGCUAGGAGAAAUCUUUGUUGCGUAACUAAGUUGUUAUGAUUUUUUUGGUUCCCUCUAAUGCUUAUAGCAUUGUUUAACAUUGAGCAA